GUGAGGUUUGUAUGGAUUUAUACAGGUUUUGGUAACAUAAUAUAAUUGUGUAGGUAGACCGUGACCGGACUCACACUCCAGUACAGUAAGCGGCGGUGUGUGCAACUUUCCAGUUUGUUGCGAUCCGCCAAACAAAUGCAAAUAAGAAAACGUAAUUUCCUGUUUCUCAAACCCGUAGUUAUAGUGACACUUGAAUAGCAAAUAAUUAUAUAUUCUCCCACUAAUCCCUUUGCUCCCAAGCAUGUCUAAACUUCAGCAGAUCAAUGUGUUUCUCAACGAAAAAUUAACAGCAGUUCCUUUGGAGAUAUCUGUAGUAGUUAAAAAAACGAUCGCAGAGUAUCAGGAAGAAAUAUCCCGUUUGGAACGGGCGAAUGCACGUCUACGAAGACUGCUGGAUUUGGUUUUCAAACCAGAGAUAAAGUUGCAUAGAUUAGCAGACCUCCAGCGGCUCACUGUCUCUGAAGAGAAGGUUAACUCGGGGCAGCAGGAGUGGAGCUCCUAUCUGGGGCCAGUGGAGUCUGAUACCGAAGAGUCUACUUGGAACUCUUUCAACAUCAUAACGGUAGAGAACCAAAAGGAAUCUGAUGGCAACAGAGAAUCAGAAUCAACCAGUGACUAUCAGCCCCCCUCGGAAGUAAAUCCAGAAAGUGACAAUGAUGAAAGUAAUGGCGGAGAAGUGCAUGGAGUGGAGAAGAGAAUACCUCUAUCGGGGUUAAAGAGACGACAAGGACGGCCAAGAAAAGAAACCAGUGAGUUGACGGAUCCAAAGUGUGAUGUGUGUGUAAGAUACUUUGCGACAGCAAGUGGUCUGGAAAGGCACCGGCAGUUACGGCACAGUGAAGACAGACCAUACAUGUGCGAUACAUGUGGCCAGUGUUUCGCCUUAAACCGAUACCUGACCCGACACAUGAAGAUUCACACAGUGGAGAGACCACAUCGCUGCACGGUAUGUGGCAAACGUUUCUUUCACAAGGAAAGCCUGAAAAAUCACAUGGUUAAUCUGCAUACAGGGCUGAUUUUUAAAUGUGAUUUGUGUGGGAAAUGCUUGUCGACAAAAGGGCGUCUGAAACUGCAUAGGCAAAAUCACACUGGGGAAAAAUCGCAUCCAUGCAAAGAAUGUGACAAGGCUUUCUACUGCGAGUCAGACUUGAUAAAGCAUACGAGGACUCACACUGGGGAGAAACCGUUUCAGUGCAAAGAAUGUGGCAAGUGCUUCGGCGAGAAGGGAAGCCUGACAAAGCAUAUGAUGACUCACACACAGGAGAAACCACACUGCUGCAACGAAUGUGGCAGACGCUUCAACCUCAAGGGAAACCUGACAGUGCAUAUGAGGACUCAUACGGGGGAAGGAGUUCAAUGUCAUUUGUGUGGAACUUACUUGAAGUUAGCAGCAAGUCUGAAGAGACAUCUGCGAACUCACAGAAUAAAUAUUGCCAAUGACUGAAAACACAUAACAAUGCACGUUGUGUAAAAUGUGUUGUUGGAAGGUAGAGACUAUAUCAAGAGGACACCCCUCAGGUCAUGGCUCUUGCUACAGUCUGAAAUCUGGGAAUCUGUUCAAUGGCCAUUUUUACGGAACGCUAUCACGUUAUCAAAUUCCAAUCAACUAUUUAUUACGCCCUUUUUACAAACGUUACACUCUCAAGUCCAAGUUAGACAUUUUCAGAACUGAAGAAGUCUGUGAAGAUAAAUCACAUCCCACAACAUCUGUUGUGUAGAUUAAGUUAUUUGCCUUCACCCCCAAAUGAAUGGAAAAGAUAAGAAACCAAAUCAAACCAGGAAAUUAGAUGGUUUUCAGCAGGGAGUCUAGUGGUCAGAGCAUUGGGCCAGUAACCGAAAGGUUGCUGGAUCGAAUCCCCGAGCUGACAAGGUAAAAAUCUGUCGUUCUGCCCCUGAACAAGGCAGUUAACCCACUGUUCCCCUGAACAAGGCAGUUAACCCACUAUUCCCCUGAACAAGGCAGUUAACCCACUGUUCCCCUGAACAAGGCAGUUAACCCACUGUUCCCCUGAACAAGGCAGUUAACCCACUGUUCCCCUGAACAAGGCAGUUAACCCACUGUUCCCCUGAACAAGGCAGUUAACCCACUGUUCCCCUGAACAAGGCAGUUAACCCACUGUUCCCCUGAACAAGGCAGUUAACCCACUGUUCCCCUGAACAAGGCAGUUAACCCACUGUUCCCCUGAACAAGGCAGUUAACCCACUGUUCCCCUGAACAAGGCAGUUAACCCACUGUUCCCCUGAACAAGGCAGUUAACCCACUGUUCCCCUGAACAAGGCAGUUAACCCACUGUUCCCCUGAACAAGGCAGUUAACCCACUGUUCCCCUGAACAAGGCAGUUAACCCACUGUUCCCCUGAACAAGGCAGUUAACCCACUGUUCCCCUGAACAAGGCAGUUAACCCACUGUUCCCCUGAACAAGGCAGUUAACCCACUGUUCCCCUGAACAAGGCAGUUAACCCACUGUUCCCCUGAACAAGGCAGUUAACCCACUGUUCCCCUGAACAAGGCAGUUAACCCACUGUUCCCCGGUUGGCUGUCAUUGUAAGUAAGAAUUUGUUAUUAAAACUGACUUGCCUAGUUAAAUAAAGGUUACAUGUAAAAAUGUCCAUUCAUUUGGGAUUCAAAUCUAAUUUCAUUUGUCACAUGCUUCGUAAACAACAGUGAAAUUCUUACUUACAGGACCUUCCGAACAAUAUAGAGAAAUAAUAAUACACAAUACACAAACGAUAACACGGGUUACCAGUACAAACUCGGUACUGGGAUGUUGUCAUUCUUCUUUUCAAGUCUGAAAACGUAUGACAAACUUUAAUUUUCAGUGAAAUCUCUUUCAUUUCUAAGAAAUGUAAUUUAUGAUUUUUUUCUGAUACAUGACAACUACUGUCAUAUGUCUGUUAACAAAGCUCUAAUGGUGUGUGAUGUGGUACAUUUUUAUAUCAGGUUUGAAACACGUUGUAGUUUGUUGUACAUGGUUUUUGGCAAUAAAAUGGACAGAGCCCAGACAAAGGACAUUUUUUCAAAAUAUAUUGUUUGUACCAGAGAGAGAUUUUUUAUUUAUUUUUUAUUUAUUUUUAUAUUUAACCUUUUAUUUACCAUGCAAGUCGGUUAAGAACACAUUCAUAUUUACAAUGACGGCCUACCCUGGCCAAACCCUAACCCGGACGACGCUGCGACAAUUGUGCGCCGCCGAUCUAGGCCAACAUAAAUCAAUAAUUAUAGUUUAUUUAAGUGUUUUAUUUUUCAACAGAAAACAUUUUCAAGGUCUCUAUUUUAACAAACUAAACACUAUUGUGAAUCUUGAGCUGCCAUUGUUGAUUAAAGUUGUUCUUUAUAAUUUCAAAAUAAACGUGUUCAAUUAA